AUGAAGACUGCUACCGCCCUGGUGGGGCUGACGGUAUCGGCCAAGCUUGGGAACCUCCACCACUCCCAUGAGGGGACAGUCCGUGUGAACACUCGCACGGGAUCCAUCGUCCACACCGAAUUCGGAGCAAGUGGUUCUCAGAGCCCAGCUGCAGUUACAGGAUCAUAUUCAUUUACCGCUCCUAAUGGGGAGACGCACACUGUUGAAUAUGUUGCUGACGAGAAAGGUUUCCGGCCAGUGAUUCGCCGUACGUCUACCUCAUCCUUCUCUUCCCAAUCAAGUGGUGGCUCACAAGCCUUUGGAGCAGGAGCCGGAACAUCUGGCUCGGCUGGUGUUCAAUUUGGGCAGGUAUCAUCCGGCUUUGUAAACAACGCAGCAGCUCAAGCCCCAAGCUCUUUUGAUGCUUCUGAUUUCUCUAACGAAGUGUCUAGUGUCGAAAAUUCUGUAUCAACUAGCUCUUCUUUCUUUGCUGGAUCCACUGGGAAUGCAGCAGGAAUCUCAUCUGGCGCAGGAUUCUCCUCUGGUUCUGGCUCUGGCGCUUCUCGAUUGUCUGCUUCAACUUCGGGAGCUGGACAAGGAUCCUCCUCUACCUCUGGAUUUAAGUUUGGUUCAUCAAGCAGAUUCUCUUCUGGUUCCUCAACUGGUACCGCUGCAGGAAAUGCUGGGGAGAGUGUAGCAGUCAUCUUGGCUGGUCAGGGGCUUCCAGCUGGAGUCACUCGUGGUCAGGCAGCUUUCCAGACUUCAUCAGUGGCCGCCAAUAGAAACACAGCAUCUGCAUUUACCUCUGGAUCUUCUGGAUCAUCUGGUUCAAGAUUGACUUCUGGUGUGUCAGCAGGAACCUCUGGCUCAAGAUUGACUUCUGGUGUGUCAGCAGGAACCUCUGGCUCUAGAUUUACUUCUGGCUCAUCAUCUGGAUCAAAGUUCACAUCUGGCUCUUCAACUGGAUCAUCUGGUUCCAGAUUUACCUCUGGUUCAUCAACUGGAUCCACAUCUUCAUUUACCUCUGGUACAUCUUCAACUGGAUCAUCUGGUUCAAGGUUCACUUCUGGCUCAGCAACCAAGAUCCAAGCAGGAAAGGUUGGUGACAGUGUAGCAGUUAUUCUAGCAGGACAGGGUGUCCCUGCUGGAGUCACUCGUGGCCAGGCAGCCUUCCAGGUUGCAGCAGUUGGUUCUAAUGCUGCCUCUGGAGUUUCUUCUGGAAACAGUGGAUCUAGCUUCACCUCUGGAUCAAGCUUUUCUUCUGAUUCCUCUGCAGAAACUAGCUUCUCUGCUGGUUCUGCUGAAACUACAGGAUCUCAGUUCACAUCUUCUGCUGGUACUUCCUCAGGAUCAUCUUCCUCCACUUUCACUUCUGGAUCCACAUCUGGUGCCACAACUGGAUUCUCAUCUGGAUCUUCUGCUUCCACCUUUGCAGGAAAUAAUGGUGAGAGCGUUUCAGUAAUUUUGGCUGGAAAUGCUGUGCCAGCUGGAGUCACUCGUGGUCAGAUCCAGGUCUCUGUCCCUGCUACCAGCACCUCUGGAAUUAAUUCUGGCUCAACCUUUACAUCUGGUGCAUUCACUGGGUCUAGUUUCAAUGCUGGAUCUACCAGUGGAUUGGCAUCGUCAGUUGGUUCCUCCUCUGGCUUCACUUCUGGUUCAUCUGCUGGAUCAGCUGGCUCUGGCUUCACUUCUGGCUCAUCUGGGUCUAGCUUCACUUCUGGUUCAUCUGCUGGAUCAGCUGGCUCUGGCUUCACUUCUGGCUCAUCUGUUGGAUCCUCUGGUUCAUCAACUGGUUCCAGAUUUACCUCUGGUUCAUCAACUGGUUCCACCACAUCUUCAUUUACCUCUGGUACAUCCACCAAGAUUCACGCAGGAAAGGUUGGUGACAGUGUAGCAGUUAUUCUAGCAGGACAGGGUGUCCCUGCUGGAGUCACUCGUGGCCAGGCAGCCUUCCAGGUUGCAGCAGUUGGUUCCAAUGCUGCUUCUGGAGUUUCUUCUGGAAACAGUGGAUCUAGCUUCACCUCUGGAUCAAGCUUUUCUUCUGAUUCCUCUGCAGAAUCUAGCUUCUCUGCUGGUUCUGCUGAAACUACAGGAUCUCAGUUCACAUCUUCUGCUGGUACUUCCUCAGGAUCAUCUUCCUCCACUUUCACUUCUGGAUCCACAUCUGGUGCCACAACUGGAUUCUCAUCUGGGUCUUCUGCUUCCACCUUUGCAGGAAAUAAUGGUGAGAGCGUUUCAGUAAUUUUGGCUGGAAAUGCUGUGCCAGCUGGAGUCACUCGUGGUCAGAUCCAGGUCCCUGCUACCAGCACCUCUGGAAUCAGUUCUGGCUCAACCUUUACAUCUGGUGCAUCCAUUGGUACUAGUUUCAAUGCUGGAUCCACUAGUGGAGCAACAUCAACCAGUUCUUCUGCUGGAUUAUCUGGCUCUAGGUUUACCUCUGGUUCAUCUACUGGAUCAAGGUUCACCUCUGGCUCAUCAGCUGGAUCAUCAGGUUCAAGGUUCACAUCUGGCUCAACAACUGGAUCCAAUACAUUUACAUCUGGCACAGCAACUAAGAUUCAUGCAGGGAAGGUUGGUGAGAGUGUAGCAGUGAUUUUGGCUGGCCAGAGCCUUCCUGCAGGAGUUACUCGUGGCCAAGCAGCUUUCCAGACAUCAUCCCUUGCUGCUAAUGCUGCUUCAGGAAGCUCCUCUAGUAAUGCUGGCUCAAGAUUUACUUCUACAUCUGAUUCAUCUGCUGAAACUAGUUUCUCUUCAGGGUCAACAAGUACCACUGGAUCUAAAUUCACAUCAGCUUCUAUUGGAUCAUCAACUGGUUCAACAUCAUCUUCAGGAUCCACCACUGCAUCUUCUGGAUUUACUUCUGGCUCCUCAGCUGGUUCCUCUGGUUCCCGCUUUACCUCUGUUUCAUCUACUGGAUCCAGAACAUCCUCUGUUUCUGGCACAUCGACCAAGACCGUCAGUGGAAAUGCUGGUGAGAGUGUCGCAGUGAUUUUGGCUGGACAGGGUCUUCCAGCUGGAGUCACUCGUGGUCAGGCAGCUUUCCAGAUUGCUGGAGUAAAUACUGCCUCUGGAGUCUCUUCUGGAAAUGCUAUUAAAUCCAGUUUCAUUGCUGGGUCCACUGGUACCACAUCUACUGGAUCAUCUGCUGGAUUAACAUCAACUGUUACUUCCUCUGCCGGAUCAUCUGGUUCUAAAUUCACUUCUGGCUCAUCAUUCUCCUCUGGUUCUGGCUCUGGUGCUUCUCGAUUGUCUGCUUCAACUUCGGGAGCUGGACAAGGAUCCUCCUCUACCUCUGGAUUUAAGUUUGGUUCAUCAAGCAGAUUCUCUUCUGGUUCCUCAACUGGUACCGCUGCAGGAAAUGCUGGGGAGAGUGUAGCAGUCAUCUUGGCUGGUCAGGGGCUUCCAGCUGGAGUCACUCGUGGUCAGGCAGCUUUCCAGACUUCAUCAGUGGCUGCCAAUAGAAACACAGCAUCUGCAUUUACCUCUGGAUCCUCUGGAUCAUCUGGUUCAAGAUUGACUUCUGGUGUGUCAGCAGGAACCUCUGGCUCAAGAUUGACUUCUGGUGUGUCAGCAGGAACCUCUGGCUCCAGAUUUACUUCUGGCUCAUCAUCUGGCUCUUCAACUGGAUCAUCUGGUUCCAGAUUUACCUCUGGUUCAUCAACUGGAUCCACAUCUUCAUUUACCUCUGGUACAUCUUCAACUGGAUCAUCUGGUUCAAGGUUCACUUCUGGCUCAGCAACCAAGAUCCAAGCAGGAAAGGUUGGUGACAGUGUAGCAGUUAUUCUAGCAGGACAGGGUGUCCCUGCUGGAGUCACUCGUGGCCAGGCAGCCUUCCAGGUUGCAGCAGUUGGUUCCAAUGCUGCUUCUGGAGUUUCUUCUGGAAACAGUGGAUCUAGCUUCACCUCUGGAUCAAGCUUUUCUUCUGAUUCCUCUGCAGAAACUAGCUUCUCUGCUGGUUCUGCUGAAACUACAGGAUCUCAGUUCACAUCUUCUGCUGGUACUUCCUCAGGAUCAUCUUCCUCCACUUUCACUUCUGGAUCCACAUCUGGUGCCACAACUGGAUUCUCAUCUGGGUCUUCUGCUUCCACCUUUGCAGGAAAUAAUGGUGAGAGCGUUUCAGUAAUUUUGGCUGGAAAUGCUGUGCCAGCUGGAGUCACUCGUGGUCAGAUCCAGGUCCCUGCUACCAGCACCUCUGGAAUCAGUUCUGGCUCAACCUUUACAUCUGGUGCAUCCAUUGGUACUAGUUUCAAUGCUGGAUCCACUAGUGGAGUAACAUCAACCAGUUCUGCUGGAUUAUCUGGCUCUAGGUUUACCUCUGGUUCAUCAUCUGGAGCAUCUGGUUCUAGGUUCACUUCUGGCACAUCAGCUGGAUCCACCACAUUCACAUCUGGCACAUCUACAAAGACCGUUGGAGGAAAUGCUGGCGAGAAUGUGGCAGUGAUUCUAGCUGGACAGGGUAUUCCCUCUGGAGUUACUCGUGGCCAGGCAGCGUUUCAGGUUGCUGGAGUAAAUACUGCUUCUGGAGUCUCUUCAGGAAAUGCUGUUAAAUCUAGCUUUCUUGCUGGGUCCACUGGUACCUCAGGAUCUAAAUUCACAUCUACUGGAUCAUCAGCUGGACUAGCAUCUGCUGUUACUUCUACUGGAUCAUCUGGUUCAAGAUUCACUUCUGGCACAUCUACUGGAUCAUCUGGUUCAAGAUUCACUUCUGGCACAUCUACUGGAUCAUCUGGUUCAAGAUUCACUUCUGGCACAUCUACUGGAUCCACAUUUACAUCUGGCACAUCGACCAAGACUGUUGGAGGAAAUGCUGGGGAUAGUGUAGCUGUAAUUCUAGCUGGUCAGGGCCUUCCUGCAGGAGUUUCUCGUGGUCAAGCAGCUUUCCAAAUCUCAUCAGCUUCAGUCACAGGUAAUUCAGGAAAUAGGGCUGGUGUCUUUUCCCAAAACACGGGUUCCUCUUCUAGAUUCACAUCUGGCACUGGAUCUGCAGGUAUUAGGUCAUCAACAGGAUCUAGUGCUGUAAGAUCAAGCUCAGUUAACAGUGGCAGACUUACCACCAAAGUGUCUUCUAGCUCAUUAAAAACAACUGGCAGUUCUCUAAGAACAUCCACCAACAGAUCUAGUGGGCGCAACCCCAUUCCUGAUGUAAAGAGUGUUGCUGUGCUUCUUGCUAAACCUGGUCAACUUUAAGUUGAAGCUCUAGAAAUAUCAACACAGGAGCAAAUGCAAGCUGACAGUAGACUCUGGUGUAUUGAGAUGAUAUUGUUUCAAGAUGGACAAGUACAAAUUGCUGACAUAUCCUUAUGGGAAAGUGUAUAUUUUAAAUGUUCCUGUUUUUUUGUUAUUUUCUAGCUCUGUUACUAAUGAAAUAGUUGUAUACAAAGAUAAGUGCUCAUUGAUAAGUGUAUAUGCGCUGUUGUUAUGUAAAUAAA